GGUGGUUUACGAAUUUGCAACGACAGGUAAACCUAUUCCCACAAUUCAGUGUUGACACGUCGCCAUAUUUGUUUUGAUGCAGACAGGAGGAAACGUGUCACCCUGGUUCUAGGUGAUUGUCAGCUUGACUUUUUGUUGUAAAUGUUUGCAUCCACAAACACAACGAUGACACGAAAUUCAGGAGCCAUUAAAACUGUUGUCAUAGCUCUUGUUUUGCUGGGAUGGCUGUAUACAAUGUAUAAAUAUCAUGAAACACGAGAGAAACUAGAAAACUCCAGACUAGUUGGGGAAAGGGUCCGCAAAGAACAAGAAAAACUUUCCAACAAGCUACAAGACACCUUAACUGAGGCAGAAGAUCAUCGUCAGGCAUAUGAAAGAGAAAAGAGAGAGUAUGCAAGCAGACUUAGUUCUCUACAACAGCAGCAUAAAAUGUUACAGGCACAACAUCAAGACCUGGAGGCUGAAGUUUCAAAAAUACAGAGGGAGAAAGAUAAAGAAGUGGAAGAUCAUCAGUCACAGGAUCUACAGAGAACUCAGGAAUACGAACGACUCAAACAGGAAAAGGAUCUGGAAAUCUCCAAUUUGAAAGAUGAAGUAGCAAAUUUGAAGAGGGAGAAGGGUAACCUAGAUGAACAGAUUAAGACAUUGAGUGCACAGCUUCAAAGUUCUCAGCAACAAUUUCAAGCUCAGCUUCAAGAGUCUCAACAAAGAGUGAUGCAGUUACAACAAGCUGUUCAGCAGAAUCAACUUGCUAAUCAACAAAAUCUGGCCAUUCAGGGACAAGGUCAACAAAAUCUGGCCAAUCAGAGACUGGGUCAACAAGUAAAUUUAGCCAAUCAGGGAUUUGGAGCAGGCAAUGUCCCACAGAACCAGAAUUUUAUCAAUCAGUUUGCCCAGAACCCUGCUAACAAUAAAAAUCUUCCAAAUAAUAACCAACAAGGGGAUGAUAUGCUGAGGUUUAAACCCCAAAAUGUUUUGGGUCAGCAGCAAAUUGGGAUCCAACAACAACAUGGAGGAAAUUCCAUUACAUUGAAUCCAAAAGAGAAAGCAGAGCUGAUAGAACAAAACCAGCAACAACAUCAGGUUCAUCCACCAAACGUAGACCACGACAAACCACAGCACGAGAAGGUUGACGAAAGCCCAGGCAGUCCUAUAAACAAAACGGCCUUGGAACACCGCAAAGAUCUGGAGGAACACCCAAACAUUCAGCCACCAGAAAUCCUUGAUGCAGAGGAAAUUAAAUAUGGUGAACAUAAAAAAGAGGAGAAACCAUCUAACAGUGCAAAUGUGAAACCAAAAUUAGGUGACCCUGUUUUACAGGUGUUGCCUCCAAAUGAAAAUUUACAAAAGCCAGAGGUUCAAGGUUUUAAUAUUCAGCCACCAGGGGGAGCUGAUGGUAAAGAUAAUGCGGAAUCUCAGAAAGAACAGAAUUUAUUGCCCCCAAGAAAGUGAGGAAGAGAAAUUCUGCAGUUUAUGAAAUGUAUAUAUACAGUCUGUGACAUGUACAUGAGGGAUGAGUUUUAUCUAUACUUAACUGUACUUAGUGCUUUCACAUUUUAUCUAACCCAGACAGGGAGAGAUCAGUGUAUACCAGUGUCAAUAACACUGCCUACUUUGUUAGAUGUAUGUUUAACAGGAGGCAAUUGUAAAUCUCUUAAAUCUGGGACAAGGGAAUACAGUCCUUUUAUUCUUUUAAUUCAAAUAACUGCCAGAGGACUGUUGUUUUCCAUACCUUUACCAAAUUCAUUAUAAUCACUUACAACUGUUACUGCUUCCUAUUUAGCUCACCUGAGUUACUCAGGUGACUUAUUGUUAUCUGUUUUUGUCUGUCGUCAUCUGUCAUGUGAACAUUGAAACUGAAACUGCUGAACCAGUUUUAACCAAUUUUGGCAUAUAGCAUCUAUGGGUGAAAGAGAACAAAAAUUAUGAAUUUCAUGGUACCUGCCCCCAUGAAUAGGAAGAAUGCCUUUUCCAAAAUUGUUAAAUUUAUGGCCCCUGGGUAAGGGGUUCUAGAGUUAUGGUUAUCUAUUAUGAUCAUGUAUGGAAUUUUUUUACUCUGCUUUAAGAGAAGUUAUUCCCCUUUGUCAUUCACGUAUGAUAAUUAAUUGCUGUAAAUAAUGUAAUUGAUAGGUAAAUUAAGUAAAUAAUUAAAGAAGAAUUUUAAUGUAUAAUUCAAAAAGGACUUUUGUAGUUUUUGAUAGUCAGGUAACUUGAAAAUAAUAGAUGAACAAAAAUGAGACAAAUAUAACAUAUACAUGUAUGUAUAUUAAGAAUUAAUUUUAAAUGCUAAAGCACAAUUGCCUUGUUACAUUUUCUGAUAGUGAUAGAGGGAAGAUAGCAUUGGCAUGUACAGGCAAGCUUCUGAGUUGUUGCUGAUUACUAAACUAAAUAUUUUGUUGAUCCCUGAUCUUCCUAUUUCUCUUGAUUUUUAAAGUUUCAGUUUAUUUUGUAAUACUUGAUCAUUAUUCCUUUACAGGGUUGUAUUAUACUCAGGUGACUGUUAAGGCCCUUUGAGACUCUUGUUAAGGAAAGUCAUCCUUUUUGAAAAGUUUGUGAGGAUAUGAACUUUGGGACUUUUAACACAGGCAAUAUAGACUACAAAAUCAAUAGAGCAAUUCUAUUACAGUGUACACACCCCUGUAAACAACCUACCAAACCUUUUGAAAAUGAAAUAAAGUUCUUUUUCAAUCAAAUGUAGAGAUAGGAAAACCUCUUGAAAGUUUUUCACCUCAAAUGAGCCUAGGAUAUUUUGAUGGUUUUCAGAAUAACAAUAGAUAUUCUUAGAUCUUUACUCUGUGUUUUAUGGAGGGAGACUUGUUAAGGUCAAGAUCUAGUAAAUGAGUUUAGUCUGUCUUUUGGUGCUAGAUCAUUAUGAUGUCAUAAUUGAUUUAAUCUUAAUUUUUCCCGUAUUUUACGGCUAUAACAGAAUUAAGUAGAAAAUGACACAUUUUCAUGAAAUUCAAUUUGAAAUCAUUUCUGAAGGAACCCCGAUACCUAUGUUUAAUUUAAUAUCAUUUUAAAGAAGAGGUCAAGAAGAUAUGAAAAACUGUUUACUGAGAGACUGUAGGCAAUAUUGAUACAUUUUGUUUGUCUGAGAUGGAGAAAACUCCCAUUUUUAUACCUGAUUUUCUUCAUUUUUCAUUAAAAAGGGCAGUUGAAAAUAUGUUUUUUCGUUGCGUAUAUCUAAAAAUUAUGCCCUGAUACACCUCAAUUCAUUUAGCUAUAAUUGUAAAAGAUUGUUAAAGGAAUUUGUUUCUCAAAUUUGAGAAAUCUGUAGGCACUCUUCAUUUACUAGAUCUUGACCUUAAGUGAUUGUGAUGUCGUAAUAUGUAUGAUCUUUAAAGAAAAGUUAUUUUUCUGUUCAUUGGUGGUAGAUCAUGAAAUGAUGAAGUGCUGAAUUAUUACAAAGUGUAUGUUAAUUAAGAAUCAAUUUUGUGGGCGGGUUGAAAUUCCAUAGUUUAUAUGUCAUAGGUUUAAAAAUAUUACAUACUAAAUGCGAAGAAUGCAAAAAAGAGACCAUUCAAAAGGUUUUAACAUUUAAACAAUAUUUGAAUAUUGAGAAUGGUAAAAGAAUGAUAUCUUAGCAUCCAAACAUGCCUUAUAUUAUGUAAAUAAAAAAAUGAAAAAAAGUGAGGCUAUGUUUUUCCAGCACAUCUUUAGGAAAAAUUAUGAAAAUUCAUUUAAAAUCACUGUAAAAAUUGCUUGCAAAAUAUCAUGAUAUUAUCGUGAUAUUUUUGGGGGAAAAUCGCGAUACAAAAUUUUUGGUGAUACCCAUCUCUAGUUAUAUAUAAUCAAAUAGAGUUGCUUAGCAACUGAAACAUGUCUUCCAGUAUCCUGUCAGAGUCACUAUUUGUAUAUUUACAGAAUGUAUAUGCACCAGUUCCCAGUAAUAAACUGAGAUAUUUGACUCUUUAUACAAAAAGGAGAUAUUUGAUAUCUGUAAGAAAACCAUUGUAUAAAUUUUAAUAUGAUCCAUUGUGUGUGAAGAGGUUAACUAGUCAUGGUUGUUUUCAUUAAAUUAUCAGCUGUCAAUCCAAAUGAAUUAAAUGCUCUUUCUGUCUUUCUAUUCUUCAGGGACUGGUACGUUAGGUGCAUUUUGAUUAUUGAUGUGAUAUGUAUUAAUGAUUUGAAUUACCAAUAAAAUAAUAAUAAUGCUAGUCAUAGUGUAUGGUGAUGAUAUGAAUGUUAGUUUACAUUAAGUGAAACCCUCAGAUUGUUCUUGCAUAGAAAUGAGAGAAAAUAAUUAUCAGAAUGAUUAACAUGAAUGGAAUAACUCAUGAUUUUUACAUUGUUGUCAACAUACAGAGAAAAUUAUAGAAAUAGUUCUUUGUUGUUUAUACAUAUACAUAUAUACAUGUAAAUAAAUAUAGGUAUUGCUUGUUAUAUGUACAAGUAGAAAUAUACUUAAAGGCCUGGCUUUAAUGAAUGAAAGCUAGAAAUCUGUAUAUUUAGUUUACCACUUUUUGAAAAAAAUGCAUGUAAAAAAAAGUUUGGAAUAUGUAGCAAAGUGUGUGAAUAAGUGUCAGAGUCAUCUUUUCUUUAAUUUAUAACUAAAGGGGAAAUGUCCAUCACUUGAUCUCUGAUAGUAUUCUCGUAGGGAUGUGAUUUUUUUUUUUCUGUACAAAGUAACUCUGUUUUCAGCUUAGAAAUUUGUUUUCUUUAAUCCUGACUUCAUGAUGAUUUUUGGUAAUUGUAUUUAUCAAAAUCAUUUCAGAUUAACUGUGUAAUAUAAAUAUUUUCUGUUGUCCUUUCUUAAGUUCCUAUUUAAUUUUGAGGCUAUGAACAACAACAGAGAAAAAAAAGAUUAAAAAUGAGUCCUAGCUUCGAUACAUCUAGUAAUUCUUAUAGAUUGUCCGAGAUCUACCAACAUUAUAAAACACUGAUCUUGCAUAUAUGUCCAAAGUUUAUAAACCACAAUUUAUUGAAAUAUUAAAGUUAAUUUUUUUUAAAUUCACUUCAACAUUUGAAGACCCAUAGUAUAUGUACCGGUAUACUUCAUUUGUUGGAUCCAUUCCGAUGAUAGAAUUGGUUACUUUUGUGACAAAAGAGUUUCUUGUUUUUUAAUGUUUACAUGGUUAUAUUUUUUUAUUGUGGGUUUUUAAGUGGUCUUAAGCUAUGGAAAUACAUGUUACUGGAUAAAUAUUAAAUAUAGUGAUUGUAUAAUACAAUAUUUAUAUGUACUGAAAUUUAUUAAACUACCAUAACACUC